ACACACAGAAACAGAGGAAGAAGAAGAAGAUGAGUAGCGCUACACCAGCGCUUCCUCCUUCACUCUUUACCAAUGGGUCCCUAUCUUCUCCUCAGAAUAUCUCCAAGACUGACUUGAACAGUUUUGUAAAGGUCAGUGAUCCUGGUGGCUUUAAAUGGCGACUUGUGAUAGCAUACGAUGGCACCAAGUUCGCAGGUUGGCAAUAUCAGGAGUCACCACCAACGGUCCAAUCAAUGUUAGAGAAAGCCUUAACUCAGAUAACAAAGCUCCAAAGAAAAGAGCUUCAUCUUGUUGGAGCUGGAAGGACUGAUGCAGGAGUUCACGCUUGGGGUCAGGUAGCUCAUUUUGUGACUCCUUUUAAUUACACUACCUUGGACAGCAUCCACGCCGCUUUAAACGGUCUACUUCCUCAAGACAUCCGUGUCAGAGAGAUCGGUGCGGCGGUUCCUGAGUUCCACGCUCGGUUCUCUUGCCGUAGCAAGGUUUACCGAUACCAGAUAUACAGCGACACGUUCAUGGACCCGUUCCAGCGUCAUUUCGCUUACCACACUGCUUAUAAACUGAAUGCUUGUAAAAUGCGGGAAGCUGCACAGCAUUUUGUUGGCAAGCAUGAUUUCUCUGCGUUUGCUAACGCUACAAGGGAAGAUGGAGUGCCUGAUCCUUUGAAAACUAUCUCUCGUUUUGAUGUCAUUGAAAUGGGAUCUCUUCUACAUCUUGAGGUUGAAGGCUCAGGGUUUAUGUACAGACAAGUUAGAAACAUGGUAGCUUUGCUGAUUCAGGUUGGAAAGGAAGCAUUGGAUUCAGACAUUGUCCCAAUGAUUCUUGAAACCAAAGACAGGAGAGAGCUUGCAAAGUAUACAUUGCCUGCGCCACCUCAUGGUCUUUGUCUCCUCUCUGUUAAGUAUAAAGAAGAUCAUUUACAGCUUCCACCAGAUUGUCCUUUAACUAGUUUUGGUAGACAUCACACUAUAACAAAGUGUAAACUUCCCUUCUAUUGAAAACAACUCUUCUGUUUAACAUAGAAAUCGAAAGAAGAAGAAAAA